UGCACCCUCGUCGCUCUCUGUGUGAUGCCUGCCGAGCGCCGCCCGCGUUGCGCCAUUUUGAAAUGCUGGGAGAGGCAGAGGCGAGGGAAAUCUCGAAGUAGAGUGCAAAGUCUAACAUUCGGUGCUUAAGGAUUGUAGCUUACUUUCUUUGGUUUAAAGCAGUUUCGUGCUGUCUAUAGCGACUGGGACGACGACUUGUGUGGUGUUCGGAGUUAGUACGAGCAGCGGUACUACUGGUUUACUACUGGUUUACUCCUCCACUGCUCCUCGGUCAGAACCACCCAUCAGACCCGGGUCAGCAGCUCCAAGUCCAGGGCCCAAGACAGAUACCCUCUGUCUGAGCCGCUCACCAUGGCAGGGGCCGGUGGUGGGAACAGUGAUGUGCAGUGGUGCUUUUCCCAAGUCAAAGGAGCGAUAGAUGAUGAUGUCGCGGAAGCGGACAUCAUAUCUACUGUUGAAUUCAACCACUCCGGGGAGCUACUCGCCACUGGGGACAAGGGGGGCCGUGUUGUCAUCUUUCAGCAGGAGCCAGAGACUAAGAAUCAGCCACAGUGCCGAGGAGAGUACAAUGUUUACAGCACCUUCCAGAGCCAUGAACCUGAAUUUGACUACCUAAAGAGCCUGGAGAUCGAGGAGAAGAUCAACAAGAUCCGAUGGCUGCCUCAGAAGAAUGCGGCACAGUUCCUUUUGUCUACAAAUGACAAAACCAUAAAGCUGUGGAAAAUUAGUGAGCGUGACAAGAGACCAGAGGGCUACAACUUGAAGGAAGAAGAUGGGCGAUACAGAGAUCUCAAUACUGUCACAACACUACGGGUACCAGUAUUCAGGCCCAUGGACUUGAUGGUGGAAGCCAGCCCGAGACGAGUGUUUGCGAAUGCUCACACCUACCAUAUCAACUCCAUCUCCGUCAACAGUGAUUGUGAGACAUACCUGUCUGCGGAUGACCUGCGCAUCAACCUGUGGAAUCUGGAGAUCAACGAUCGCAGCUUUAAUAUUGUUGACAUUAAGCCAGCCAACAUGGAGGAGUUGACGGAGGUGAUCACAGCAGCGGAGUUUCACCCCAACCAAUGUAACACCUUUGUCUACAGCAGCAGCAAGGGCACCAUCCGCCUGUGUGACAUGAGGGCAUCGGCGCUGUGUGACAAGCACACCAAACAGUUUGAAGAGCCAGAGGAUCCAAACAAUCGUUCGUUCUUCUCUGAAAUCAUCUCAUCCAUCUCUGACGUAAAGUUCAGCCACAGUGGACGCUACAUGAUGACCCGAGACUACCUGUCCGUCAAAAUCUGGGAUCUCAAUAUGGAGUCCCGGCCAGUAGAGACAUAUCAGGUGCAUGAAUACCUCAGGAGUAAAUUGUGUUCCCUCUAUGAGAAUGACUGCAUCUUCGACAAGUUUGAAUGCUGUUGGAAUGGGAACGAUAGCGUUGUGAUGACCGGCUCCUACAACAACUUCUUCAGGAUGUUUGAUCGAGGCUAUCGGCAGGACGUGACCCUGGAGGCGUCGCGGGAGAACAGCAAGCCACGCUCUGUCCUGAAACCUCGCAAAGUAAGCACAGGUGGGAAGCGCAAAAAGGACGAGAUCAGUGUAGAUAGUCUGGACUUUAACAAGAAGAUCCUCCACACUGCCUGGCAUCCUCUGGACAACAUCAUUGCUGUGGCCACCACCAACAAUCUCUACAUAUUCCAGGAAAAACUGAACUAGCGUUUUGUUGAGUCGCUCGACG